UAAAACUUGAAAAAAAUAUGAAUAAAUAUUAAGUUAAGAUAAAAUUCAACUUAUUCUAAAAUAAUUAUCGAAGAGGGAGAGACGUAUCUUAGAUUAAAAUUGAAAUCCAGUUUAAAAAGGAUUUUUAAUAGUUGUACUAUAUAAAUGCCGUUACGAAAAAUAAAUAUCCAUCCCGUAAUAAAUGGACACAAAGGGCAUUUAUAUUUGAAAACAGCGCUUAUCUAAUAGGACAAUGUUAACAAACAAAAUCAACAGAGCGAGCGUAACUUUCGUGAAGCUAAGAAGUCGAAACUGUGUAUACAAUGUCCUGGAAACAGUGAGCACUAACAAGCCGGCCAUCCGAACUUGUUAAACGUACCGAGCGGACAACCAACGAAUAAUUCUAGCGGUUGGUCAGCUCCGAAACAGACAGUUUGGAAGUGUGGCUUGGUUUUAGACGGGAAAAGCUGAGACUGACUAACACUCUCGCCGUUAUGUACGAAAACUUCUAAUUCUACUGCCUAAGAGCGUUACAAUAACGAAGAUGGAGUCGCAGUCUUUAGGCCGUACCCGCCAAACUCCUACGGCAAGAAAUCAUAUUGUCUAUACCGAUCACAAAGGACGAAAGAUACCUUAUGCGGACAAGAUCACCCCGGAGCCAAUCCUCAACAACAAUGCGGGCCGGGACACAAAGGCCGACUCGAUCAGGAACAGUUAUAAUAGCCAAUUCAAAGUUGGCAUCUACGGUUGGCGGAAGAAAUGUCUUUACAUUCUUGUCAUGGCACUUAUGUUUAUGAUGAUUAUUAAUCUCGCGCUCACGUUGUGGGUUCUUAAAGUUUUGGAUUUUAAUUCGGAGGGUAUGGGCCAGCUACGUAUCGUGCCUGGAGGGCUGCAACUAUUGGGACAGGCGUUGGUACUGGAUUCAUUGUUUACUUCAAGCAUUAAGUCGCGCCGUGGACAGCCAAUCUCUAUAGAGUCAUCACGUAACUUUACCGUCUCUACACGAGAUCCCCAUGGACUAUUGCAGAGUAGAUUGUUUUUAAGUCACGAUCGCCUGGAAGUAAACGUAGCUAGAUUGGAGGUACGUGAUUCGAGGGGAGCGUUACUAUUAGGAGCGAGCCAGGACUCGGUCACUGUGGGUGCUGAUACCUUGAACGUUGUUAGCCCUGCAGGCGUAACGCUGCACACAGCUGCGCAGACGCCUCUGGUUAGAGCGCCGCCUUCUAAACAAUUAGUCUUGGAAUCGCCCACACGAUCGUUGGAAAUGCACGCAGCACAGAACAUAGCUCUGGAGUCUCGCGCUGGGGACAUUAGUGCUAGCUGCCUUACCACGUUUCACCUAAAGUCUAUAGCAGGAUCAAUACACUUGGACGCUCCGAGCAUAUAUAUGCCGAAACUGAAGUCAGCACUACCAUUGCCACCUUCAGCGCCACACUCCCACGAUUCACAUCAUCAGAACAUUUACCAGUUAUGUGCGUGCGCUAACGGCAAGCUGUUCCUAGCGCCGCCGCAUGGCGCUUGCGGUGCUAGGGAGGAAAGUCUUAUUUGUCGAUGAUGUUUUUAUACUGUG